AUGAUGCCACUCCAAUCCAUAGAGGGGCAGCCUCAUGGAGGCUCUGGCAUAGCUGGGGAAAAUGGUGAGGCCCGGCAGCAAAAACCCAAGACGUUGCCGUGCAAGUAUUGCAGCAAGCGCUUCAGGCGUGUGGAGCAUGUCCAAAGACACGAAAGGACACACACCAAAGAGAAGCCCUUUGCCUGCGGCUGGGCUCGUUGUGGGAAAACGUUCGGACGACGUGAUCUCCUUGUCCGCCAUGAGAAGCUCGUUCACCUCAACGAGGGCAGCAAGGAGAAUAAUCGGCCAAGAAAGACUUCAUCCAGCACACACAAUCCGCCAUCUUCCUCCGACAGCCAUGUCGAACACGAAAUGCUGGGCGUUCAGCGCCCACCUCAGCCCCAGUAUCACCAGGAGUCAAUAACGGCCGUGGCAUCCACCAUGGCCCCAGAUCCUCGCAUGCCAGGCCCGGCCCGUGCCGCUGCUUGCAACCUCGAUCUACUUUCUGAUGCGGCUCUGGCCAGCGAAGUGAACCCCAUGCAGCAACCCAUGAUGGCUGAGAUGGGACGUCCGCCUUCCGAUCAUACUAGGAUCAAGUCCUAUGAUGAGUCGAUGGGGUAUCCCGAACGGCCACGGGAGGAUCAGAACAUGCUGGCACCGGGAUAUGUUCCUCAGCCCCAAGCAGCACCUUACGACGACUAUCACAUUUUUCUCGACGACUUUGCGCCCUCUUCGCACUACUUGCCACCUCCGUUCGAGUCUGAUCAGCAGAUGGGAGGCCUGUGGCCCCGUGGCGAUAUGCAUCACCGUGGCCCGUCCAAGCCAUCAUCGCAGUUUCCGUCACGGUUCCCUUCGGUUCAGCCGGAUGGUCGGGAGGGUAUCGAAGGUGGUCCAAGGAGCCACGAAGAGUCAAUGAGAGCACCCCUUCGUAUCUCUGCCGUCGACCACACGGUCAUCAAGAACCGACUGGAGGAGUUCUCAUCCGUUAUUCCAAACGACUUUGUCUUUCCGUCUAGACAUACACUCACUCGUUUCCUUGAGGGAUACAUCAGCGGUUUCCACGAGUAUCUCCCGUUCCUGCAUAUACCCACAUUGACGCCCGCCGAGAUGGCACCGGAGCUUCUAUUGGCCAUCUUGGCUGUUGGUGCACAGUACCGAUUCGAGAGCCACCGGGGUCAUGCGCUGUGGUAUGCUGCAAAGGCUGUUGCGCUCGAGCAGAUUCGAAGGAGACAUAGUCAUGAGGUACAUGCUCUUUUACCGACGCCCGCUGCGUACAGCCCACACUCGACCCGACCUUCUCCCAGCUCUGGAUUUAGGCAUACCUUUGCCUCGGCACAGCAGGAUCGCCCGAUGACACAGGACACUCAUCGCGAGCCGUUCUCGCCAAACACCCCGCAAGCUCGUCUUGAGACCACACAGGCUGUCUUGCUGCUCUUCGCAGUCGGGCUUUGGGGAGCGAAAGCAAUCUUGCAUGAGGCUCUAUCUCUUCAGAGCCACCUUGCUAUGCUCGUUCGCGAAGAGGGUCUGAUAGCCGAGUCCAGCCCGGCCGUUGCACCGGAUUGGGAGACUUGGAUUCGACUUGAGGGAGCUACGCGCACCAAGCUCAUAGCUUAUUGCUUCUUCAACCUGUGCAGUAUCGCGUACAACAUGCCGCCUCUUAUCCUUACUUCGGAGCUUGGCCUAUUCUUGCCCUACCCGUCCAGGCUGUGGAGGGCUGAAUCGGCAUGGCAGUGGCAGGAAGACAGACAAAACUAUCCUUCUGUCGAAAUCACCGUCCACGACGCCUUCUCCAGAGUCCUGACGACUUCGCCCCAGGGCUUGCCUCCGCACAUGUCAUCCCUCGGAAACUAUGUCCUUAUCCACGCAUUGCUUCAGCACAUUUACCUGCUGAAACAAACUUCAUUCGCACUCAGCUCGCCGUUUGGGCCACAGAGGGGAUUGAAGCCGGAGGAUGUGGAAGAGGUCACUGCUGCACUGAGGAUAUGGCAGGUGAGCUUCGAACACCGACACCAAUUGAGGGCGGCCGACGCGGGGCAUGUGGGCAACAGCGACUCGUUCCCGGGUGGUCCGGUAGCGUUCAACUCUACCGCACUCCUGCGCUUGGCAUAUAUCCGUCUAUACACCGAGAUCCCACCCAACCGAUCCCUCGAGACCAGGGAUCACAUGCUAGUUGCUUCGUCGUUGAGCAAUAUGCCCCUCCUUGUCCGUACGUUGAGAUUGCAUAGAGCCGUGUUCCAGGCCAUUCAUGCUUUGUCCAUGUUGGUCAAGGCCGGCGUCAACUAUGUUGCGAGGACCAAGAGCCUGGAAUGGAGCAUUCAACAUUCCUUGUGCAACUUCGAAUGCGCCAUUCUCUUAUCUAAAUGGCUCCUUACUCUCGCAUCGAUCGGACCGAAUGACCCCCCUGCGACCCCCGAAGAAAAGAAUCUCCUACAAUCGGUCAGGAGAAUGCUGGACGAGACGGAAUUUGCUGUGCCCAUCGAUCCAUCCCUGGGUGGGCCUACCACCGGCCAACCUGCCAACAACGAGGUAUCUGCGAACGACAGCACAAGGUUGAGACAGCUAGCUGCAGCGGUCAUCAGGCUCUGGGCAGAGACAUUCAAGGGCUCGCACAUUUUCGACAUGGUCAGAGUAAUGGGAUCAAGCCUGGAUGGGUAUGCUGAUUUGGUCGAGAAGCCCCGCGACAGAACGCCCCUGGGACGCAUUGCCCAUGACCCAAAUCUCGGAUGA